GAAGUGUCGACUUGUCACUUUGUUAUUUGUGUUUAUGAGUGAACGACGAGCGGCACCAAAAAAUAAAUAAAUGCGAUUCAUUUGAUCCGGACGUGCACCACUGGAAAUUAGUAGUGUAAAAUGAAAGUGAAAGAUUUGGAACGUACGGCGAAUAUCGCCUGGUCGCCGGCGAACGUGUCCCCCAUCUACUUAGCCGCUGGCACCGCUGGCCAACAACUCGAUGCCUCGUUUGAGACGAACGCCUCGCUGGAGAUCUUCGCCCUAAAUCUAGAUGAGCCAGGAACUGAAGUGGAGACCAAAGCAAGCACCAUCAGUGAACACAGAUUUCACAAGCUUGCAUGGAGCAAUUAUGGUAGUGAUGCAGGCACAAUCGUCGGCGGUUGCGAUGCCGGUAUUAUGCAGAUAUACAACGCCAAUAAGAUGCUGCAGGGUGAGCCUGGACUGGUGUCAAAGCAGGACAAGCACACAGGUGCUGUGCACUCAAUUGACUUCAACCCCUUUCAGAACUACCUGCUGGCAUCUGGUUCUGUCUCAUCAGAGAUUUUCAUCUGGGACCUGAACAACUUAUCAGCACCAAUGACACCCGGUGCUAAAUCACAACCAUUUGAAGAUGUGCUUAGUAUUCAAUGGAAUCGUCAAGUUCAACACAUCCUAGCGUCCACGUUUUCGUCGAAAUGUGUCGUGUGGGAUUUGAGGAAAAACGAAACAAUCAUCAAACUUACCGAUACAGUAUCGCGCAUUCGUUGGAAGGUGGUCGCGUGGCAUCCGGAAGUUGCCACGCAGUUGUGUCUGGCGUCUGAGGAGGACCAAGCGCCGGUGAUUCAACUUUGGGACUUGCGUUUCGCCACAUCACCACUGAAAACUUUGGAGAAUCAUCAACGCGGUGUAUUGUCAAUGGCAUGGUGUGCACAAGACCCUGACUUACUGGUUUCCGGCGGUAAAGACAACCGCCUCUUAUGUUGGAAUCCUAAUUCUAAUCAACAAGGAGGUGAAAUUCUUUCCGAGGUUGGAACUACUAAUCAAUGGAGCUUCGAUAUCGCAUGGUGUCCGAAAAAUCCCGCUUUGAUUGCGACGCCUUGUUUCGACGGGCACGUUUCGGUUUAUUCAUUGCUGGGCGGAAAAGCGCAGCAAAUCCAAACCACGAAUAAGAUUGCUGACAGUUUUCCGGGAAUGGAUGCAGGGGAUUAUGUGCAGGCACCGGUUCAACAACCCACUGCCAACUUAAGUGUGGAUUUGUCGAAAGCGCCAAAAUGGUUAAAGAAACCAGUUGGAGCUUCUUUCGGUUUCGGCGGUAAACUUAUCAGUUUCGAUCAUGAUAAAUCCACGCCAUCACAACAGGCUGCUGUAAACGGGCAGGCCCCGCUCGUCCCACGACAAGUUUAUAUUAGCCAAGUUGUUACCGAAUCGGAGCUGGUCCGCAAAAGUACUGAACUGGAACAAGCAUUAGAGUACGGAAAUUUCACAGAUUAUUGCCGUAACAAAGCGGACGCUUCCAUCGAUCAGCAUACGCGCUACGUGUGGCAUUUCUUAAAGGCGAACUUUGAGCCGAACCCAAGAACUGAAUUUCUUAAUCUACUGGGUUAUAAGAUCGAAGACGUCAAUGCUAAACUAGCACCGCAUAUGCUUCCCAAAGAGGAGGACGCUCUCAAUCAGCUGAACCAACAAUUCAUGACUGCCAAUCGGAUCGACACCAACGACGGGUUCGAUCAAAUCAGAACUCAACAGCAGCAAUCGGAGCCAAAAGUAUUAAAACCCUACCGCAUCCAUACUGGUGAUGAUUCCGACGGUUUGAUAGCGCAAGCGUUAUUGCUCAACAACGUUGAAGCAGCCGCGGAUUUGUGCAUCAAGGCGAAGCGCUACGCGGAUGCUAUCAUUAUCGCCAUGACCGGGGGACCAGAGCUAUGUGCACGCACUCAAGCUAAAUAUUUAGAGCAGUGCGAGGGCUAUGUGUCUUCUCUGAUCUCAGCUUUGAUUAGGGAGGACUGGGUGUCGGUGAUCAACAAUUGCGAGAUUGAAAGUUGGCGCGAGGCUCUUGCAGCCAGUUUGACUCAUUCUUCAGAUGAUGAUCUGCCAGUGCUUUGCGAAAUGAUGGGAACUCGUCUGGAACAAGAAAGUUCAGCUCGUUCAAACACGAAAUUGCUGCAAGAAGCGCAACUUUGUUAUAUAUGCGCUGGUAGUUUUGAUAAACUGGUGACGUCCUGGACAACGAAUGCUAACAGCUCCAACGACGAUCUGCAAGACUUGGUCGAACUCGUCACAUUCCUGCAGAAGUCGGUUGAACGCCAAGGAAAGCAAGUGCAUGUCACCGGCCGCCUGGCCGAUCUUCUAUCCAACUACGCUCUAAUCCUAGCAUCCCAGGGAAAUUUGAGUACUGCGUUGUCCUAUUUGGGUUCUUCGAAGGACCCAAACGUCGCGGAUUUGCGCGAGCGUUUAUACAUCGCUCUGGGUCACAAACCCGCUGCAUACGCGCCAGUUCAACCACGUAGUCGCCAAAACACUCACCGCUCUUCCAUCACCUCGGCGUUCCGGCCCGCUGUGGUGCCAAAUGCAGUGCCUCCCGUUACGCAACCAUGGCAGCAACAAGCCACCAAUGCGCAACCUGGAUGGCAGGCUCAAGGACUCUCGCAGACGCAAUCGGCCGCCGCUCCGUGGCAACAACCGCCUGCUCAGCCGUGGCAAAAUCCGAUUAAUAGCUUUAACCAGUCACCGCCGUCGCCUGGUCCACCCAUAUUGCCGCCUAUGAAUGCGCAACCACCGCGUCCGAUCAGCGUUGGACCCACGGGUCUACCGAAGAAUAAAUAUGUUGUGGAUCCAUCGGUGCAAAGCGGAGGAUAUGGCUCGCCGAUGCGUAAUAACAGCUUCAAUAAUGGAAGCACUUACGGGACGCCAUCCUUCCAACCUCCGAUGAUUCCGGCACCGCAGGUGAGCAUGAUGUCCCCGUCGCCGAACAUGAUGAUGCCGCAGCCGCAGGCAACGCCGUAUGCGACGCCAUUUGUGCCUCAGCCAACUCCGCAGCCUGAGAUGCCAAUGCCGCCAACGUCGUCGGCAAUGAACGCGCUACCGCCCACGGCUGCUCCCGGUUGGAAUGAUCCGCCGGUUCUGCACAAGGCAGCGAAACAAUCGUUAUAUGGGGAGAACAAAAUGUAUGCGGAACAUUCCGGCAUGCGGUUGUGGAAGAAAAGCACAGAGUUGGCUAAGCCAGAAGUCCCACAAAACCCGAUAACACACCCGAUAUUCGGCACAGCGCCCGUCACACCACUCCAGCCAACGUCUAACGGUUACAUGGACCCCACACAACCGCCGGCGCCUACACAGGCCUACAACCCUUACAUGAGCCAACCAAGUGUGCCCAUGAUGCCGCAGCCAGGCAUGGAACCCAAUAUGUUCCAGCCACAAACACACCCGCAGCAGUUUGGCAACUUUAAUACACAACCGAUUAUGCAUUCACAGUUGGCGCAGCAGCCCGCUAAGGUAGAAACUGCUCCUCAGGAGGCCGCCGAGCCUGUGCCCAAACCUCCUAUCCCAGAGGAACACAUUCACAUGCAGACGGUAUUCGAUGAAUUGCGGAUGCAAUGUGGCAGAGCGGCAAAUAAUCCGCAAACGAAGAGAAAAAUUGAAGACGUCGGAAGAAAGCUAGACACGCUCUAUGACUUAUUACGAGAACACAAGCUUUCUGCGAAUGCGCUGGCCGGCCUGCAUCAAAUGGUGCAACAGAUACAGCACGGUGACUACCCCGGCGGACUAGCAAUGCACACCCAGUUGGUUUCGGGGCCCGACUUUGCGCAAAUCGCCGCGUUUAUGCCCGGACUGAAGGUGCUACUGCAGUGCGCACUGCAAUUACAAGUCUACCUGAGGUAAACACACCACAAUCAACGCGCCUCGUCGUAUUUACAUGAUUUCUAACAAAUUAAACAUUAUAUUAAUUAAACAAUUAUUGUAUUGAUGAAGAAAACAUGAUGAAAAAUUAAUUUGUCGCAAUUAAUUAAAGUAAUAUACAUAAAUAUAUAUAUAUACAUAUAAA